AUGCCCUCGAUCAAAAGCUAUGUUUCUUCCACUCUGAUUACUAUCACUGCGUUCAUGGCUGGAACUGCAACUACACUGAAAACUGCAACACAAGAAAUGCCACUCAACAUCUAUUCAAUCUUCGUUGGCCCUCCAACAACUGGAAAAUCACAAGCAAUCAAGGAAUGCGCUAUAUCACCCAUGGCCAGUGUAACGGCAGAAGCAGAUUCUGCAAGCCCUGUAAUCCAGAAAUGUACCUCGUCGGGACUGAUAAAAACAGUCGCGGACAACAACAGAGGGUUCCUUUUGUCAGCCGAGAUUUACGACGUCCUGUUCAAAUUGCUAAAGUCUGACGAAGAAAAUGCCACUGGCGAUGUACAAGCGCUAUGCCAACUGUUCUCUGGAGAAGAGGCCUCCUACCGGUAUGCCACUGAAAAAACGCGGGAAAUAGCAGCAAACACGCCUUUCUGCAUCUUAGGGGCAACACAGAUUCCAUUUGCCGCCCGUCUAGUCGCCCUAUUAGAUCAAGGACACGGUCUUUUAGACCGAUUUUUAAUUCAUUACAUUUAUGUAAUCAUUUGGAUGACUUAA